AUCAUGCGACUCUGGCUGCUAGCUCUUCCGGUCCUUGCGUUUCUACCCCAGGUGAUCCCAGCCUAUGGUGGUGAAAAAAAAUGCUGGAACAAAUCAGGACGCUGCAGGAGACACUGCAAAGAUGGAGAAGUGACACAAGAAAUAUGUAAAAAUCAUCGCACCUGCUGUGUCCCGGGCAACAAAGACUAUGAGCGAGAAGCCUUCCAUGAGCGAGUCACUAAGACCAGUAGCCCUAACCGCUUUGCUGAAUCAUCAGAUUUUGUAGAUUUCAUUGCAAUGGAUUUAAUUCCCACUACGGACUACCUGGACAUGGACAACAUGAACGAAGAGGAUGAAAUCCAAAGUCUCUAUCAAAGCUCAUGA